AUGAAGACUCUUCGCUCUCAAAUGAACGACGUGGAAGAUCAAGCAGCGAAGAUCUCAGUUGAAGAGCAGACUCACAUCACUACCAUUCAAGCAUUGGAGAAAGACCUCGCUUCUGCAAAAUCUGAAACAAAGCGACUCAAAGAAGAUACUGAGCGGAUGGUGAAGGCUAAGGGGGAGAUAAGCUCACAGAUAUUGGAAAAGCAGAGAAAGAUUGCCUCUAUGGACUCUGAUUCAUCCACUCUCGCUCAGACAUUGGAGCUUAUUCAACGUGAAAGAGACAGUUUAUCUGCCAGACUUCUAGAGAAAAGGUUAUUGAGUGCACAAAUUUCUGUGAUUGUUAAAGCUCAUGUAACAAUACUGAUUGAAAAUUUUGAUGCGUUUACUGCAACAGGGCUUACUAUACAAAGGUUGCAGAUGAUAUUAAUUCCAAACUACAGGAACAACAGGAAUGGGUCAACAUACACAGAAUUAGUGGAGAAAUGGGAGAGCAUGGAUUGGGGCUAUAUUUUGCCAAGCUACCUUGGCUUUGGUUUUUUCUUAGCUUCUUCAGAUGAUCUUCUUCAUGGGAAGUGCACCAUUGAUAAUCACCUCAUUGUGGAUAAUCUGGGGAAUGAUGCAGAAAAGAACCUAAUCGCCAAGCUGGAGUCAGCCAAAACCAAGCUUGUUGAAAUUGCACAAAUGAAAUCCGAACUUGUUUCAGAGAACAACAAGUGGAGCGAAUUUUCAUCGGUCAUGGUUGCCUUAUUCCAGAUGAAGCAGUCUAUUGAGCAGCUGAAAUGCAGUGCCAAAGAUUUUAAGACAGAGCUCUUGGAAAUGGACAUUAAGACCUUGGAAGAAGAAUACAAAGCUCUUUUGUCAGAUAAAGUUGGACAAAUUGAGUAUUUACAAUCUCUGCAAAAGCAAAUUAAGCAACUUAAGGCUCUCAUACUACUUGAUGAAAUGGUUGUGAAAGAAGUGGCCAAAGCUGGGGUUUCAUUGGGAAGGACAAAUGAUGGGUAA